AUGGCCACCGAAAACCACCAAAUCAGAGUAUUCAGUCUCAAUUGCUGGGGACUCAAAUUUGUCGCCAAAAAUCGCAUUGAGCGUGUCGCCGCUAUCGCCCAAUAUCUCACCAAUGCGCCUUACGACGUCGUUACCCUCCAAGAACUAUGGGUGUACGCAGAUUACGAGCAUGUCAGAGACAGUGUACAGGCCAAGUUGCCCCAUGCAAAGUUCUUCUAUAGCGGUGCUCUGGGAGCAGGCCUCGCGAUAUUUUCUCGCUUCCCGAUAGUAGCAAGUAAUAUACACCCUUACUCGUUGAACGGCUCCCCAAUAGACGUAUCGGCCGGCGACUGGUUCGUUGGCAAAGCCGCUGCAAGUGUCAUUAUCCAGCAUCCCAUACUGAACGAGGUUCAGAUAUUCAAUACCCAUGCCGCCUGCCAGUUGUUUGCGAAAGGCGGCGAGGCAGAGGCGCAUCGCUACGUGAACGCAUGGGAGAUAGCCAAGCUCAUCCGCCAAGCUGCAGAGCUGGGCCGUUAUGUCAUUGCUCCCGGAGACUACAACAGCAUCCCAACGACCCUUCCCAUGACCAUCAUCAAGGACUACGCCGGUCUCUCCGACGCGUGGUCUGUCACCCACCCCAACACUUUCUCCAACACUCCCCCCAAUCGCAACUCCAGCACAAGUCCCCCCGACCCAGCAGUAGAGGCCAUCACCAAAUACGGCGUAACCGCAGAUUCCCCGCUAUGUACCUACUCCGCCGGUAAGCCCCUCGACGGACACGCGCUUCAAUUCUGCGGCAAACGACUGGACUACAUCCUCUUCCGUCAUCCCCACCCCCAUUCCGUCAACCGCACCGAGAAACGCGACGCAAUCGUCUGCACACACUGCAAGGUCGUCCUCACAGAACGCGUCCCCGAAUAUGACUUUUCGUACUCGGAUCACUUCGGGCUGGAAGCGACCUUUACGAUUCAACCUGCUGAGGGUGGCGUCUACCCCGAUCCCGCCCCGUCAUUGUCUCGCGCCGCUGUUUUGACUACGAUCCAGAGCUUGACGAAUUGCUGGCGCCUUUCCGCCCAGAGGUCGCGCAAGGAACUCAUCAUGUUCGGGAUGUGCAUCUUCGCGUUGGUGGCUAUCGCUGUCGGGACCGCCUGGCUCCCUCAUUCUUGGAUAAAUCCGAUAUUCAUCAUCGUGACAGUUGCCAUAUCGUGGUGGGGUACGACAAUGCUUUAUCAGGGCUUCCUCUACGGCAACUGGGAGAGAAAUGCGCUGCAGAAUAUCAUCGAGGAGCUAGAAAUAUAUUCCAAGGGGCUUGACACACAGUCAAGAAUAUCGAGGUCGUCUACUUCUGCUUAA